GCCAAAAAGCCGGACUAAUAAACAUUAUUUAUCUUUCAACUAUAUCACUCUCUGAAGUUUGCAUAUUUCAAGAAACUACAUUUAUUUCAAAAUGGAUUUCACGUACUGCGAGUUCCCCAGCACCGUUUCCAUUGACACCUUCAAGGCCUAUUUCAAUCUCGCCGAUGUCAAGUUGCCCAAAGUCGGCGGUAAAUCAUUGGACACCAUCCAGAUCCCAAACGAAAUCCAGGAGGGCCAGGCAAAUCAAGCGAAAAGUCUGCGACAUCUUGUGCUCGAUGCCAUCGUUGAGAAUUGGAGUGAGUUGCCGCUGUAUCGGCAGCUGAGACGAAGGGAGGACCGCAACUAUCUCCUUAGCCACCUGGACACACAGCUGCCGCUGCAGAUGCUCAGCGCUCACAUUCGCGAGGACUUCUUCUGGCAGCGCUGCUACGGCCAACGCUGGCGGAGCGCACCACUUCAGGCGCGGGGCAGAGAGCGGCCCUGGAUCAACAUCUACAUGGAGCGACAUGUGCAGGAGUUUAUUGAAAACAUGCAGACGGGCGACUACGAGCAGGAGGGCAACGUGCAGGUCGUCCUGGACAUCUGUGCGGCGUACAUAAAUCAGUUGGAGAUAAGUUUCCUUCAGCCUGCCCCGCCCACAACCGAUGCGAAUGAUCACAUUCCGCUUGAUUACCUGCUGAGCAAUCUGCCGGAUUUACGCCAACUGCGACUGAGUUACAGCACCAAGACGGUCGGCUGCAAUUACCAAAUGGGUUGCAAUCAACUGACUGUCAGGGAUAUUCUGCAUUUGACCAAGGGACUCAGUCAGUGCCACGAGUUGCGGAAGUUCUGCCUGCACAAUACCAAGCUGAUGCCGUAUCAGCUGCAAUUCCUGGCCCAUAGUUUAGAUAAAGGAUGUCAUCACCUGACCGAAAUGUCCUUGCUGCACUGCGCGGUGGGGGAUGCGGGAAUCCGUUGCUUCCUAGAGACCUGCGGCAAGGAGUCCUUUGGCACGUUGACUGUCCUUGAUUUGACCAAUAAUAAGAUUACUGAAGAAGGUGCUUACAUCCUAAGUCGCACCUUGAGGCAUGUUCCUCUCAAUCAACUGGUAUUGCGUUUAAAUCCCAUCCAAAGCGAUGGAGCUGCCGCCAUCUUCAACACCCUUCAGGUCAUGCCAAUCAAGGAGUUGGACUUGGGUACCUGUGGUAUUUCGGAGACCAUCACCAAGCUGUUCAUGAUGCUGAUCUGCCAGCACACCACCUUGCUAGAUAUUGAUUUAUCGAAUAAUUCCCUGGGAGAAGACUUUGGAAAACAUCUAAUGAAAAUCAUUAGCUGCAAUAAAAUUCUUGAGAAGCUAGAUCUUCGGAACACUGGUCUAUCGCUGGACAUGCGUCGGAAGUUUCAAGAGUUUCUAAUCAAAAACGUGGAACGCAAGAAGCACGAGGCUUUAAAGCAAAAACAACGCGAUAAGUUUAAGGCAAUGAUGCAGCUAUAA